UGGUGUUUAUAAGCUGCCCUUAAUGGAGGAGAACACAGACAGAAACAAGAGCAGAGGGAGAAAUUGGGGACCCUGAAGAAAGGGGCCAGCAGCAGCUGACCACACCCCGGUAGUAGUUCCUACAUAAAGCUCUCCCCUCCCGUGACUGCCACCAGCUGAGGACCUCAGGCUGCAGGCUGCCGUGGAGCCAUGCCCAGGUACACAGUGCACAUCCGUGGGGAAUGGCUGGCCGUGCCCUGCCAGGAGGCACAGCUCACCGUGGGCUGGCUGGGCCGCGAGGCCGUGAGGCGCUAUAUCAAGAACAAGCCCGACAAUGGUGGCUUCGCCUCCAUUGAUGACGUGCAUUUCCUCGUGCGUCGGUGCAAGGGCCUGGGCCUGCUGGACAAUGAGGACCCGCUCGAGGUGGCCCUAGAGGACAACGAGUUUGUGGAAGUGGUUAUAGAGGGUGAUGCCAUGUCUCCCGACUUCAUUCCGUCUCAGCCGGAAGGAGUUUACCUAUACAGCAAGUACCGGGAACCUGAAAAGUACAUCGCCUUAGAUGGAGACAGUCUGACCACAGAGGAUCUGGUCAACUUGGGAAAGGGACGCUACAAAAUAAAGCUCACCCCAACUGCUGAGAAGAGGGUGCAGAAAUCCAGGGAGGUCAUAGAUAGCAUCAUAAAAGAGAAAACAGUCGUUUACGGUAUUACUACGGGUUUUGGGAAAUUUGCCAGAACUGUAAUUCCCAUCAAUAAACUACAGGAGCUUCAGGUCAACUUAGUACGCUCACAUUCUUCAGGUGUUGGGAAACCACUAAUUCCUGAGAGGUGUCGGAUGCUCCUGGCUUUAAGGAUCAAUGUCUUAGCCAAAGGAUACAGUGGCAUUUCGCUGGAGACCCUCAAACAAGUUAUCGAAAUGUUUAAUGCCUCCUGCCUGCCUUAUGUUCCAGAGAAAGGAACCGUUGGUGCCAGCGGAGACCUUGCCCCGCUCUCUCAUCUUGCUCUCGGGCUAAUUGGAGAAGGGAAGAUGUGGUCUCCAAAGAGUGGCUGGGCCGAUGCUAAAUACGUCCUGGAAGCCCAUGGAUUGAAACCAGUUAUUUUAAAACCAAAAGAGGGCCUGGCACUCAUCAACGGGACGCAGAUGAUCACGUCCCUGGGCUGCGAAGCUGUAGAGAGGGCCAGUGCUAUUGCCCGGCAGGCUGACAUUAUAGCAGCCCUGACCCUGGAGGUGCUGAAGGGUACCACCAAAGCCUUCGACACUGACAUUCAUGCUCUUCGUCCUCACCGUGGGCAAAUUGAAGUUGCUUUUCGGUUUCGGUCACUCUUGGACUCAGAUCACCACCCAUCAGAAAUAGCAGAAAGUCACAGGUUCUGUGAUCGCGUCCAGGAUGCAUACACCUUGCGCUGCUGUCCACAGGUCCAUGGUGUGGUGAAUGAUACAAUAGCAUUUGUGAAGGGCAUCAUUACCACAGAACUGAACAGCGCAACAGAUAAUCCUAUGGUCUUCGCCAGUAGGGGAGAGACGAUUUCUGGAGGAAACUUCCAUGGUGAAUACCCGGCCAAAGCCCUAGACUACUUGGCUAUUGGCAUCCAUGAACUUGCUGCAAUCAGUGAGAGAAGAAUCGAACGGCUCUGCAAUCCCUCCCUCAGUGAGCUGCCUGCCUUCCUGGUGGCCGAAGGUGGUCUGAACUCUGGGUUCAUGAUAGCCCACUGCACGGCAGCAGCCCUUGUUUCUGAGAACAAGGCUCUAUGCCAUCCCUCGUCUGUUGACUCCCUCUCCACCAGCGCGGCCACGGAGGACCACGUCUCCAUGGGAGGAUGGGCAGCGAGGAAGGCCCUCAGGGUCAUUGAGCACGUGGAGCAAGUGCUGGCCAUUGAGCUUCUUGCAGCCUGCCAGGGCAUAGAGUUUCUACGUCCCCUGAAAACAACCACUCCGCUGGAGAAGGUCUAUGACCUAGUACGCUCUGUUGUAAGGCCCUGGAUAAAAGAUCGCUUCAUGGCCCCGGACAUCGAGGCAGCACAUGGGCUGCUCCUGGAGCAGAAGGUUUGGGAAGUAGCUGCACCCUACAUUGAAAAAUACAGAAUGGAACAUAUUCCAGAAUCCAGACCUCUUUCUCCAACAGCCUUUUCACUGCAAUCUCUGCGCAAGAAAUCCACCAAAAUCCCAGAGUCUGAGGAUCUUUAACGGGCUUUGUCAUGGAGUGGCAGAUCAGAGGGCAGUUUGUUUAGCACAAAGCAAUACUAGGCUGAAGGAGAGACCUGAGAACUUUCCUAGGUAGAUCAAUCCAUUGUAUAAUUCAGUUCUUUUAACACCUGCUUUGGCUAGGCUGAUGGUAGCAUUAUAGUUGCUAAAUUCAGUACUGUGUUCUUGUCAUGGUUAGAGACACACCAGGUAUUUUCAGAUUUUAGGAAUUUUUUUUUCUUUCUUAACAAUUUCAAUAGGCUACUC